UACGCCUGGCGCCACGUCAUGCCUCCACACCAUACCGCUCCGUGAGGUGGUGAGAGAGACAAGGGGCGUACGUGGAAGGAAAGGAGCCAUAUUCAGAUUUAUAAGGACAGAUAUCGUGUAUAUGUUGUAGUGACGGGUGGUGCACUAGACGCGGAGAGCGGCGGGCGACCGGCGACACUCUGUGUGACAGCACUCCUUACCAACGGACCACGCUUUUGCUCUUCGUGCUCGUACACCAGACGUGUGAAACAGAAUGGCCAAAUCAAAGAAAGUUCCUUCAAGUUACUUCAAGGUGGUCAACCCCCUCCUUAUGCUGCCCACCCUGCUGCUUGUUGCCCUUGCUCUGGUGACUUACUUUGACCACAAGUACAUCUGUGCACAGUACUUUGGCACUGUAGUAUCAGGAUAUGCUGAACUUGUGGCCACAAAGUACAAGCUAUACUUAAAACUGGGGUUGCUGGGUUUGGCAGCACUUCACAUAACAGAGGCACUGGUGGCUGUGUACAAAUGCCAGAAGCUGAGAUUGAAUCUGGUGCCCACAUUGGGAUGGGUGCUGCAGACCAUUCUCCUUGGCUUCUUCUCUCUGAAGCUGCUCAUCUGGCCACACAAACCUGCACCACAGCAGCACCAGCAGCAGCAGUCACAAUCCAAGGCUGCUAAUGCUGGGAAACAGAACAAGCCACAAAAGAAUGCUAAAGCUUCAAAGGCAAAAAAAGAAAAAUAAAAUGAACUUUGUUAAGGCUAAUUUUUAUUGUUUUGUAACUCCUUCGCCUAUUGUGCAUGUUGUUAUGAAGAGUAAAUAAAAAAGGUAUUUUA